AUGGACAACGGUGAGAAGAUCUCCGAUGUGCCCAAGUCGCGCAAAAGCGGCCGCCGCAGAAAGUCGAGCCGCGACUCGCACCACAAGGCCUCCGACGAGGCCGAGCACACCGACACGGAGCAUACCCAGGACCAGAUCUCUGAGCAGUCCAGGCGCACCUUGGACGGAAGGAUGGACAAGUCCAGGCUUUCCCAGGACGUGUCGCACAAGUCCAAACGGACUAAGGAAAAACCACAGGGGGAGGUCAGGCCAGUCCUCCAGCCGAACCAGGACGUCGUCGUACAGAUGACGCACGCCACCGCCGCCACGGAACCGUCCGAUCAGAGAGACCUGUUGUCACUGGUCGCGCUCUUCCUCGCCGUCACCUUCGCCAUCGUCGUCGUGUUCGUCGCCGUCCAGUCGAACCUCAAGCGCGAACUGUGCACCACGGCGUCCUGCGCCUCGUUCUCCAAGCUGCUCGACGAUUCCGUCAACGCGUCCAUGAACCCGUGCGACAGCUUCGGCCGCUUCGUGUGCGACGGCUGGCGCAGCAAGCACAUGAUCUCGGUGCGCGAGUCGGUGUUCCGCUCGGCGAUCAAGGCCACCGUCGAGUCGGUGUCCAGAACCGCCAUCCCAGACACGAACCAGAACGCCGUCGAGCAGACGGCGGCUCUCUUCCGGUCCUGCUACCAGUCCCUCGUGAAGGCAGACAACGGACCGGCGAUCGACGAAGUCGCCCUCGUCAAGGCGUAUCUAGCCGAGGCCGGCGUCGUGUGGCCGUGGGUUCCGUCCCAGCCGGACGUCUUGGAGACGAGCGUGUUCCUCGCUUUCGAGCUGGGCUGGCCGGCGGUCCUCGACUUCAGGGUCAAGGGCACCUCGGCGCAUUCGAGCACUGUGAUCAUCGAGCCGUCUGCUGGCUUCACGCGACUGAUGGCUCUGACGGAGCCUCGAACGUCGAGCGAGCUGGAGCGGAAGAGAUAUUUCGACGCUCUUGUCCGGCAUUACGGAGAUGGUGAUGUCGGAAACGUCACCUACAGCGACGUCCAGGACGCCGAGCUCCUCAUGAGGAAACGUCUGAAGGACGCCCUCUUGUUACAAAACUGGACCAUGCUGCACUCUAACGAAAUGCACCCCGGUGCAAGCGAGUGGGCCGCCGCGCUGGCGAGGCGCAACGUCACCGGAGCGCUCCGGUUCGCCACGAGAAGUCCGUCCUUCAUCGGCGCGUUCAACGAGCUCUGGGAAGAAUACGGCAACGACAGGAUGCACCUGUACGUCUCCUGGUGCGCCGUUCAGUACGUCUCGAUAUUCACCAGCCGAGACGCCAUGCUCGCCGCCGUAGGCGGCACCCGACUCCCGAUCUGGACUUCCUCGCCGUCGAUCUGUCUCAUGUUCACGUACGGAGUGGUGGGAGACGCCGUAUUCAUGCCGUACAGCGCGCAAGUUCUCAAGUCCGGCGUGCGCUCGGAGGUCGCCAAGCUGGUGUUCUCCGUGCGCAAGGCGUUCACGGAGCGCUUCGAAGCCGACCCGGCUUUCUCCAGUAGCACGACCAUGCUCACCGAGUGGGCCUCCGUCAAGGGAGUAUUCGAGGCGUUUGACUACCCGGUAGGUCGCGACCUACGCGCCCCGUUUCUGGGCUAUCCGGACAUGACGUCGUCGUUUGUGCGCAACUGGAGGAACGCGUCCCGGUUGCGCUAUCUGGCGGACACGAACGCCGAUGUUCUGGGCACGGUCGACGCCAUCCUGAACAGCCAACUGUACACGAUCAAGAAGGGCGUGCAGGACUUCGUGCUGAUGCCCUUCGCGCUGACGUUCCCCGCGUACGAUGCGGAGACGUCGGUCGCGAUAAAGUACGGCACGCUUGGCGCUAUUCUGUCUCGCGCGUCGGCAGAGAUCGCCCUCGACUAUUACGGCAGGCAGGAGGCGAUGAAGGAGCGUCUGGACGAGUCCAGCGAGUGCUUUGCCAAAGACGCCCGCACUAUGUCGAUCGCUCCUCGGGACAACGUCAUGCUGGAGGCGGUCGCCCUCGAGGCCCUGCUGGAUGCCGUCCAGGGGGCAUUCGACGAAAAGCGUCAGAAUCGCGAGGGCCUCGGCGGAUACUCGGCGGUAGAGACGUUCUUCCUCUCCUGGUGCCUGAUGAAGUGCGCCUCGCCUCCCAGCGAGCGCAGCGCGGACGUGGACCCGUGCUCGGCGCCGCUGCGGCACGUCCGGAGGUUCUCGGAGACGUUCGGUUGUCAGCCGGAGACAUCGCUAAAUCCCGUGCGCAAGUGCAGGGUUUUUUGA